AUGAUCUUUUCUCACUGGCUAGCCACCCUCUUGGGUGGCUCUCUUGCCAUCCAUGGCGCUCUCGGCGCCAUCACCCUUAAUGUCGAUGAUGAAAACUCCCUCAAAACGGCCGCCAAGACGGUUGCCUCCGACAUGAUCGAUUUCUACAAUGCCCGUGAUUCCAAAGAUAUUCCCGGAAAGUUUGACGGUACUUGGUGGGAAGGUGGUUCGAUGUUUAUGGUUCUCAUUCAGUACUGGUGGUUGACCGGCGACUCCCAAUUCAACGAUGCCAUCCAAGAGGGCAUGUACUGGCAGAAAGGCGACGACGAUUUCUUCCCAUCCAAUUACAGUCAGUAUCUGGGCAAUGACGAUCAGGUCUUCUGGGGUCUUGCCGCUAUCACCGCCGCCGAGCUGAACUUCCCCGAACAAUCUGGCCAGCCCUCCUGGGUCUCUCUCGCUCAGGGUGUCUUCAACACCCAGGUCCCUCGUUGGGAUACCAGUAGCUGUCACGGUGGUAUGCGCUGGCAGAUCUGGCCCUACCAAAGUGGUUAUACCACCAAGAACGCCAUCUCCAACGGUGGUCUCUUCCAACUGGCUGCUCGCCUCGCACUCUACACCAAGAACACCACCUACGCUGAAUGGGCCGAGCGCAUCUGGGACUGGAGUGCGACCACUCCGCUCCUGAAGCAGAAGAACUGGAAUAUUGCCGAUUCCACCACCUGCGACACCCAAUGUACCGACCACGGUGAUUGGCAAUGGACGUACAACUACGGUACCUACAUCAGUGGCGCCGGCUACAUGUACAACUACACCAACGGAACUGCUUCCAAGUGGAAGGCGGGCAUUGAUGGGUUGAUAGGCACCUCCAGCCAGUUCUAUCCCACCCAAGGGUACAACGGUGCCGCCGGCAAUGUGCUGGUGGAGAUUACUUGCGAAUCGGUCGAAAAAUGCGAUCGAAACCAAAUUACCUUCAAGGCCUACUUCUCCAGUUGGCUGGCCUUCCUCACGACUAUCGUGCCCGGAUCCUCUGAUUCGAUCAUGCCCAAGCUGAAGACUUCGGCGCAGGCCGCCAUCAAGACUUGUACGGCGGGCUCGGAUGGCACUCUCUGCGGUAUCAAGUGGUAUAACCAGGCCGCCGACGGCACGAAUGGUCUGGAGCAGCAGAUGGCCGUACUUGGAGUUCUUAAUGCCAACCUCAUUCCGUUCAAGGGCGGGGCUCCCCUCACUGCGGAGACCGGUGGUACCUCGAAGAGUAACCCCAGUGCUGGCACCAACAGCUCGAACCAGGCGGUUCCCACUCUCAACAACAUCACCACGGGUGACCGUGCAGGCGCUGGCAUCCUCACCGUCAUCUUCGUCACCGGAUGGGCAGUUGCCGUGACCUGGAUGAUCCGGGGUGGUUAA